GCAAUCAUCUCUGGACAGCAGCUAUGCAGCUGGCCGUGCUGACCGUGCUGUACGCUGUGAGUGUGCUGCCUGGCACCCUGGCCCUGCAGCUUCCCCAGAAGGCAGGAGGCAUGAGUGAGCUGCCGUGGGAACAGGCUCAGGACUAUCUGAAAAGAUUUUAUCCAUCUGAUUCAAAAAUAAGGGACCCCAAUAGUUUAGAAGUCAAACUCAAGCAGAUGCAAAAAUUUUUUCACCUGCCUAUAACUGGAACAUUAAGCUCCCACAUUAUAGAAAUCAUGCGGAAGCCCAGAUGUGGAGUGCCAGAUGUUGCAGAAUAUUCCCUAUUCCCAGAUCGCCCAAAAUGGACUUCCAAAGUGGUCACCUACAGGAUCGUGUCAUAUACUCGAGACUUACCACAUGUCAUAGUGAAUCAAUUAGUGGCAAAGGCCUUCAACGUGUGGAGCAAAGAGAUCCCACUGAGCUUCAAGAGAGUUAGCUGGGGAAUUGCUGAUAUCAUGAUUGGCUUUGCAAGAGGAGCUCACGGGGACCCCGACCCAUUUGAUGGGCCAGGAAACACACUGGCUCAUGCCUUUCCACCUGGGCCAGGCCUGGGAGGAGAUGCUCACUUUGAUGAGGAUGAACGCUGGACUGAUGCUAGCAGUAUAGGAGUUAAUUUCCUGUAUACUGCAACUCAUGAACUUGGCCAUUCCUUGGGUCUGGAUCAUUCAUCUGAUCCUAAUGCUGUGAUGUAUCCAACUUAUGGAGAAGGCGAUUACAAGAAUUUCAAACUUUCACAGGAUGAUAUCAAUGGAAUUCAGAAAUUAUAUGGAAAGAGAAAUGAUUCAAGAAAAAAUUAGAAACUUCAGGGAGAACACACAUUCAUUCAUUGGAUUCUAUAUAGUUGUUCCCAACCAGAAUUAAAGAACACUGUUGCUGCACUCCAUUUACCCCUUGCUGCCUCCAUCCUUGUAUUGUGGUUGGUUUUCGUACAUCUCUCUCCCCCUCAUCUAUGACUCUCCUCAAGCAACAUGCACUUGGUGGAUGUCAAUAAAUGUUAAAUACAUAGAUAAAUAAAAUUUUUAUUCCAUGGUAAAAUAAUUUCUAUUUGGAAAUACUGUUUCUGUGGCAAGAGAAGAUAUGCUAAGACUAAGACCAGAAAAAAGAAUUAAAUAACCCCACCACAUUAUUUUG